UGGAUGGAUGCGCGCUGUCCUCCUCGCAUCUGAAAAAAUACUCUGGUACAAACUGCUGCGAUGGAGAGGAUGAGGAAAACACUUAGUCUCUUAUUGUUAUGUCCUUUUAUCAUGUCUGCUGUCUGUGCGCAGAGCAGCAAAGACCCGAGCAACAUGCCUGUUGUGAAAGACACAGUGGACAGACUGAUGAAGGGAUACGACAUCCGACUCAGACCGGAUUUUGGAGGUGCACCGGUGGCGGUUGGCAUGAACAUAGACAUCGCCAGCAUAGACAUGGUGUCUGAAGUGAACAUGGACUACACCCUGACUAUGUAUUUCCAGCAAGCAUGGCGGGAUAAGCGCCUCUCGUACACGGAGAUCCCUCUGAAUCUGACGCUCGAUAACCGUGUAGCAGAUCAGCUGUGGGUGCCCGACACCUACUUCCUCAAUGACAAGAAGUCCUUCGUCCACGGCGUCACGGUCAAGAACCGCAUGAUCCGUCUGCAUCCCGACGGCACAGUGCUGUAUGGAUUGAGAAUCACCACCACUGCGGCAUGUAUGAUGGACCUGAGACGUUACCCACUGGAUGAGCAGAACUGCACACUGGAAAUUGAGAGCUAUGGAUACACGACAGAUGAUAUAAACUUUUACUGGAGGGGAGGAGACGGAGCCGUGUCUGGUGUUGAACGUAUUGAGCUGCCUCAGUUCUCGAUAGUAGACUACAAGCUCAUCUCCAAGAACGUGGUGUUCUCAACAGGUUCUUACCCUCGUCUCUCUCUGAGCUUUAAACUGAAGAGGAACAUUGGCUACUUCAUCCUGCAAACUUAUAUGCCCUCCAUCCUGAUCACCAUCCUGUCCUGGGUCUCCUUCUGGAUCAACUAUGAUGCCUCUGCCGCUCGUGUGGCGCUAGGUAUUACCACGGUGCUGACCAUGACCACCAUUAACACCCACUUGCGAGAGACCCUUCCCAAGAUCCCCUACGUAAAGGCUAUCGACAUGUACCUGAUGUGCUGCUUCGUCUUUGUCUUCCUCGCCCUGCUCGAGUACGCCUUUGUCAACUACAUCUUCUUUGGACAAGGCCCUCAGAGGCAGAAGAAGGAAGCAGAGAAGGCAGCUGUCGCCAACAAUGAGAAACUACGACAUGAUCCAAACAAGUGGAUGGUGGGAAAUGUAGUUCAGAGAGACGAUGCACUGUAUGCCAGAAUGAAACAGAGGGAUAUUGACGUGUAUGACUCGAUGUGGGAUCCUAUCUUUGCCGACGAUGCUGCAUUAGGACUAGGCGAGCAAAGACUUAAGAUGAAUCCAGACGACAUUCGACUUACGACCGUGGAGCUGAAGAACGAGAUGGGUUCUGCCGAUCUCUCCCGGGGUCUAGGUGACCCCCGCGGGCCCAUGCUGACCUAUGACAGCUCCACUCUGCAGUAUCGACGGGCGGCACUGGCCCGCCACAAUUACGGCACCGGCGGUCUGGAGAAGAAGAAAAGUCGUCUACGCAGACAUGCCUCACAGCUGAAGGUCAACAUUCCUGAUCUGUCUGACGUCAACUCUAUCGACAAGUGGUCCAGGAUGAUUUUUCCUACUGUUUUCUCCUUCUUUAAUGUUGUCUACUGGCUCUACUAUGUGCAUUAAGCAGCACUCGAGAGA